CUAUUCCGUUAAAAUUUCAUGUGUGGUAGGAUUUAAAUUGUCCACGGGAUAUUUGAACAAGUCAAUAUAGGCGGGGGGUAAAAGACUUCUUAUAAAACCAAAAAAAUAUUUCCGAAACAGCUUCACAAAACUCCACAUGUCAAAUUUUUGACAUCCAGGAACGACUAUCGCAAUGUUUUCCAUAAUUCUCUUAGGAGCCUUGCUGCCCUUUGUUUUGGGACAACAGAUGGAUCCGGCCAAAGUUUGUCUGCCAGACACAGUUCAGUUCAUCUCGUUCAACUUGGAUAAGGACGUGAGUGCAUUGAGUUUCUGGUUUAAAUCAUUUAGAUUUGUAAACGGCCGUAUAAAUGUGGGAGGAAAAAAAUUAAAGUUGCAGAUUUCAAUUAAGAUAAAUAUUUAAAAUAAAACACACACAAAAAAACACACACAAAAACCCUUAAUGCUCAGGGUAGGAUUUUAAUGUUUCUUUCAUUUUUCUUUCUCUCAAUCAGACAUUUUGUUCCUUUCUCAGCGGUCAAAAAAAUAAUAACUGUACGGAAAUGAAAUUUCGAUUUGUUAAUUAUUUCACCGACGUUAAACAUGUUUAUCUUAACGAUUAUAAUUUACACACAAUGCUUCCAAAAAGAUAUUGAUAACGCAAAUAACUUUAAGUCUCUAUUUUUGUAUGACAAUGAAGAUGGUGAAUCGACAUACGUAGAAAUAAUGGUGUUACCUAGGUGGCACUUAUGAAAAUGGGAUGAACUUGAUUUCAAUGUGAAUUUUUGAAAGUAGUUCCUGUCCUUUGAUUUAACAGAGCGCACUUUUCCCGAGUAACAACUCCCCCCUGUGAACGGUUAUCCAAUAGUUGAUAAUUCAAAGUAGUCAAUUCUCUGAUUAUUCUUGACAGUAUAUUGAUAAUGAUGAUACUAUAAUUAAAGGAUCAAAUUUUUUAUAGUAGGACUAGAUGGUUUAUUGACGUGACACACUUUUACAUUUCAUUCCCAGGAAGGUGGAGUCGGGGCCAUUGAUUUUAAAAGACAACUGUUGGGCAGCGUGACUCCAACACGUACCAUUGUCCAAGACCUGGCCGCUGUAAGUGUCCGUUAAAUAAAAUCUAAACAUUUUCUUCAAAGUGAAAUUUUUAAACUGAAAAUUAAAUAGAAGAUAUAGUAAAAGAAAGAUCUUAAACUUAAGAAAAGACAGAUGAAUACAAGGUACGGGUUGUGUCCCAGCUUCAAUAUGGGGAUUUGUUUUGAUUGUAUAUAAGUUCCCUUAUGGUGAGUUUUGAUUGUGUUUAAGUUCCCUUAUGGUGAGUUUUAAUGGUGUAUAAGUUCCAUUAUGGUGAAUUUUGAUUGUGUGCAAGUUCCUUUACGGUUAGUUUUGAAUGUGUAUAAUUUCCUUUACGGUUAAUUUUGAUUGUGUAUAAGUUCCCUUAUGGUGAGUUUUGAUUGUGUAUAAGUUCCUUUGCGGUUAGUUUUGAUUGUGUAUAAGUUGCCUUAUAGUGAGUUUUGAUUGUAUAUAAGUUCCUUUACGGUUAGUUUUGAUUAUUUAGAAGUUGCCUUAUAGUGAGUUUUGAUUGUGUACAAGUUCCCUUAUGGUGAGUUUUGAUUGUGUAUGUUCCCUUGAUGGUGAAUGUUGUGUUUUAACAGAAAAAAGCCUAUGUAACGGAACCUGAUGGAAGCUGCCAGGCUUCAGACAUAGCAGACGAUGCCGUACUAACCCAGUGUCUCCCAGGUACAGAAACCUUUGCUUGUGUCAUUCUGGUAUCCUUUAUAGUAACAAUACUUUCACACCAGCUUAAAACCCAUAUCCCAAUUUUUUCAAACACAUAUUUAACGCACUUUUUGUUUCAACGGCAUAUUUAAAUAAAAAAAAAUUCAAUGGCUUUGUUAAAUGUGAACGUUCUCUCCACACAAACCCCAUUAUGUACUGUGUAAAUAUAAACUUUCUCUCCACCCAUUCCCCAGCACGUGCUGUGUACGUGGCUGAGGCCAGCUGGGGGUUUGGCCCCAAUGCCCUGACGGAGGACGGCUGGCAGCUGCCCUUCAAUGGCGGCACACUGAAGCUCCUCAUCACCAAACAACCAGACCAGCCCCGAUACAUAAUGCUGUCCAGAUUUGAGGACUGUAAGUGCUGUAACAAUGAUACUGAUCUCAAGGCAGACAUCUGAAAACUCAGUAACAUUAGUCUGUGUUCUAACAGUAACGUUUAACUGGGCUCCGGGGUUGCAACGAACAUUCGAAUGCGAUCGUUACACAGAAAAGUUUCUCAAACUUUAAACACAAAAAUAUCUAUAUUUAUCAAAUUGUUUGGCAAAUUUGAAUACAGUUAUAGGUUAGCCAAGAAUAGGUUCUAAAGAUCUUAUAGUUGAGGUAUUGAUCAGAUGGAAAAAUCUGGCAGACAAGAAUUAUAAGAUGAGAUUUGUAAACCUAAACGACAAUCCAAAGAAAUAUAUGCUAUAAAUUUUAUAAAAGAUGAUAUUCCAGAUGAAAAAUGAAUUAGCUGCAGUUAUACAAGAUUUCGGUUAAUUGUGGAAUAGUUAUAACUAGUUGAGUUCGAACUUAACCAAGAGAUUGAAGCUUGGUUGAUGUUGAUAAUUUGAUUUUAAUAAAGGAAUUAAUCGACCGUGCGUCAGAGCUGGAAAACCAUACAGACAGGACAGAAACCUUCUUUUCUUUAAACAAAACUUUGAUAAAACUUACAGCCAAGAUGACAACAUAAUUAAAAAACUAAUCUUUGUUGUAUUCUCCACCAAAAAUAAACUUUUUUUUAUUCUUCCACCCCCCCCCCCCCCCCCCGCUCCCAGGCAAAGGCGAGGCGAGCUCUUCUUUCUACAUCAACCCGACAUUGAACAUCACUCAGCCAGGAAUACUGGACAUCCCAACAAACUGUACCGCUGUUCUUUAGCACCGCCUUACUGUAUUUUCAUCUUUUGUUUUCUGUUUAAAUUAUUACUCUAUAAAAAUAAAAUGUUUAAAGUAAAUGCAAACAUUUUUUUAAAAAAUUGUUUCUUAUAUUUUUUAAAAUCUGAAAUCAAUCCAGCAUUUUAUUUUCCUUGCUUUAUUGAAACGAAUCUCAUUAUAGUUUGAUGAAAUGGUUUAAAUUCACAAAAUAAAAUAUCUUUUCAAUAAAAGACUUCUUCUUUUCGUUUCUUUUUCUUUUUAUCAUUU